CUACGACCCCAGAUUGUAUCUGACCACUCAGUGAGUGCCAUGGCCAUGCUCCAGCUGCUCGUGGUCUUCUUCAUCUUCCUAAGAUUUGGACAAUCCGUGCCAAUAAAUGAUUUCUACGAGUACGAUGUGAACGAGACGGUCGUAUUGGAAAAAGUUGACGACAACGUCGAAGAGUUACACCUUUCACGGCCGAUCAAGUAUCUCACAGAGUACUACCAAAGGAUUUACAUAGACAAUAACGGUCUUGUUUCUUUUGCGGCCACGGACCCGGAAUACCAGAACCUUUUGUUUCCUCUACCUUUGCCCGCCAUUGCUCCAUUUUACAGCAAUGUCGACACAACCGGUUCUGGAAAGGUUUACGCGAGAGAGACGACAGAUCAGCGCCUGCUCGACAGAUCGGCCCAUACUAUCCGCCAGCUUUAUCCAAAUCUGCCGGCGGAAUUUGAUCCCAAAUCGAUGGUGGUCGUGACGUGGGAUUCUGUCGGUUAUUACAAUAACAAAUGGGACAAGGUAAACACAUACCAGUUGAUCCUUACGACAGACGGCGAAGAAACCUUCGUUGAAUUGCUAUACGCAGAUGACGGGAUUCAGUGGAUUCAGGCAGAAAACAAGCACGUACCCUUCGAAACGGACAUACGAGCCCAGGCUGCACUGAUUCUACCGAACGGUAGACUCUUCUCACUGCCAGGCUCUGGAACGGUGCAAGUCAAUUACUUGAACAAGAGAACAAAUACUGGGACUCCUGGACAGUUCGUUUUCAGAAUCGGAAACAUCAACGAAGAUCAAGGAAAAGUUGAAGAACCACAUAAUUCAGACCAUAUUUCAGAACGACCACCAGCGACUUGUGAGGAAGGGAGAUCUCUGUGUGACGUAAAUGCUCAGUGCGUUGACUUGCAGGCUGGAUUCUGCUGCAAAUGCUACGAGACCCAUUACGGAAACGGAUUUUCAUGCAUUCAUAAAGCUGUUCCCAGGAGAAUGCUCGGGAAGGCGAACGUAAACUUAAAUGGAAUUGUGCUGAACAACUUGAACUACCAGGGGUACAUAGUGGUUCAAGACGGAAGGGUUUAUGCAGCCUUGGAUCAAGUGUCGAGGCGCAUAGGCCACGAAAUGAAACUGCUUUCCGUACUUCCAGGUGUGCCCGGUUGGAUGUUUGCUCAACCGGCGGAAGGAGCUGUCAACGGUUUCCAACUGACAGGAGGAAAAGCCGAGCACUUUGCAGAAAUACGCUUUGACAAAUACAACUCCGUUAGGGUGCACCAGAAAUUUGAAGGGCUGGACGCUUUUGAGCGCUUAAUCGUCUCGGUUGACAUAACGGGGAGUGUGCCAGUCCUCGGUCCCGAUACGGAAGUCUUACUUCCCGACUUUGUUGAAGAGUACACAAGAACAGAUGAAGGCGAAUACAGAUCACAAUCCACGCAUUUCGUCGACUUUAAUAAUAGAGAACGACUUGAAAUAUCUGUCGACCAAACUAUCAGAUUCAAAGAGAACUGUCCAACCGAACAUGGUGACGUCCCACCUCAAAGGCUCACCGUGACAAAAAGCUUCGUGAGUUACGACGAAAAUAAGGAGAUUAUCGUGAGACUUGCUUCGUUUUACAAAAUUUCAAAAUCAAGCGACGUCAUCGAUCCCUGUAUUGAAGGCCGAGCGCAGUGUAUCGCCAAUAGUUCCUGUAUCGCGGACGGCCUCGCUUUCAAAUGCGUCUGCAAUCAAGGAUUUCAGCCGUCAAAUUCUGAUUACUCGGGACACAGUACGGGGUGUGUGGACGUAAACGAAUGCAACGCUGGGACCCAUUUCUGCAGUCCAAAUGCCAUUUGCGUGAAUGAAAUCGGCACUUACACCUGUCACUGCAAUAGCGGUUACUCUGGCGAUGGCAAAUAUUGCGAAGCUGUCGAGAGCCAAUUACCUCCUCACAUGACAUGCCCUAGUGCAUCGUUUUCAGUGAACGAUCUCAACUUCUGCACAUGCGACGUCGGGUACAAAAAGUAUUUUUCGUCCGAAGUCAAUAGUGUUUCGUGUGAAGAUGUCGACGAAUGCGCCGAGGAAAGUAAUCCUUGUGGAGACAAAGAAUGUGUCAACUACAAUGGCGGUUACGAUUGCAGAUGUCCUUUUGGAUUCGAAGAAGACGAGAACGGUGCAUGCCAAGGUGGUGCUUGUUCGGGAAUACAAUGCCCGUCUGGGCAGAGAUGCGUACCAGACGAUAAUCAAGGGUUUCUUUGCGUCUGCGAAGAAGGGUACACGGGUACCGCUCCAUACUGCACACCAAUCGGCGAAGAAACUACGGAACACAACACCGGUUACUAUGACGAGUGUCGUUCAAAUUCACAUUGUGAGGAGAACGCGAGUUGCGAAUUCAACACAUCGACCAAUGUAAAACAAUGCCAAUGCGUUUAUGGAUUCACCAACAACGGAUACACGUGCGUUCCUUCGCCGACUAAUAAAGUCAUCCCUCGCACUUGCCUGAGAGACGAAUGCUGGUGUCCACCGGGAUACGACGACGACGGAAAUCACUGUGUCCAACAGACCGUCGACCAGACUACAGUUUCAACCGUCGAAGAAUGUCGAACUGAACAGGACUGCCACGAGGAUGCGGAAUGCAUAUUUAUGAGCAAUGUGGGGGCUUACAGAUGCGUGUGCAAACCGGGCUAUGAGGGUGAUGGAUUAAACUGCCACCAAAUGGACAUAUCUUGUUUCGAGGCCGAUAUAUGCCAUGAAAACGCAAGUUGUAUUCCGGACGAUGGGAAAUACAUAUGCAUCUGCCAUAACGGAUUUGAAGGAGACGGAACCGUUUGCUAUCCGAAGAAUGAAUGCGGUGAAGAUUUUUUCUGCCCUCAUCACGCUCAUUGCGAGUAUAACGAAAAGAACGAAUAUCUGGAAUGCGUCUGUAAUUUCGGAUAUAAAAAGAGCUCGGCUGGCGAUUGCGAACCUGUUGAAACUUGCAGAGAGGGCUCCUGUGAAGUACGCGGUUGCGACGUUGAAAACAACUGCUCACCGUUUGCAGAUUGCGUCUAUAACUACGAAGAACGCGGCUAUCGGUGCUCGUGCAGAGAAAAUUACGAAGGAGACGGUCAGGAAUGCAAUGAGAAAGUCACUUGCAGAAUAAUGCCGGAGUUGUGCAGCGAAUAUGCCACGUGUGUGUACUUGGAUCUACAGUACCAGUGCAAAUGUAACGAAGGCUAUUUCGGAAACGGAUCGUAUUGCAGAGAGGCCACAAAACAGAACGAGCAAUUUUUAUUGGUCACCAAAGGUGGAUCGAUAAUCAAGCUUCCUCUCGGCUCUUCUUCCAUUGGAUAUCCGAUCAGAAUCCUCAAUCAAACUGCUAUCGGGAUUGCAACGGAUUGCGUUGAAGGGAAGGUGUACUGGAGCGACGUUUCUGGCAACAAAAUAUACAAAGCUAAUUACGAUGGCUCAGAACUGGAAGAAUUUUUAACAACAGUCAAGUCACCAGAAGGGCUUGCGUUAGACUGGAUCCAAAGGGAAUUGUUCUGGACCGACUCGAGCACACAAUCUGUUUCUUCCGUGCGCAUCGAUACAAAAGGAGAAAUCCGAGAAAUUAUAAAAGAAAAUCUCUCGAACCCCCGAGGAAUAGCAGUUCACCCGUGGAGAAGAAAAGUGAUUUGGUCAGACUGGUUCAGACAAAAACCAACAAUCGAAUGGGCCAAUUACGACGGGAGCGGCCGAGAGGUAUUGGCUUCUAAGCCCGAUAUCAACCUUCCCAAUUCACUGGUCAUCGACUGGGAAACCGACGAAGUCUGUUGGGCGGAUGCGGGGAAAAAGUCAAUCGGAUGCUUACAUCUGGGUACGAGAACUAUGAGAACUGUUGUCCCCAAAUGCAGUUAUCCUUUCGGAAUAACCGUGACGCCGGACAAAUACUAUUGGACGGAUUGGAGCACGAAAAACGUGGAGACAGCGCCAAAACAGACCGGCAGCCCAUUGACGUCGAUACAGGUGAAAUACGGAGGACACGACAGAUUGUACGGCAUCGUCGCUGUGAGGUCUUGCCCGAAUUGAAACUCACCAUAAUUUUGUUUUGUGUUGAACGUAUUGUAAUAUAUUGGUGGUUAUUUAUUUUAAAAAGGAACUUUAACAUCUUUUUAUAGGGCAAAAUUUACAAAAUAUACUGUAUACAAUGUUAAAACAAGCAUGCUGAUAUUACUAAGAACAUUGAAUUAAUAUUAAAAUGUGGAAUAAUUAAUUAAGAAAACAAAAUAAACGAUUUUUUAUUUCUAAA